AUGCUAGGAAUCUCGAAAGUGCUCUCUCGUACUAUCCAAGCGAUGAGGACCGCUGAGGUGAGCCUCUCAAAGGGCUACAGAAAGUUCUCUGUAACAAACACCUGCCUGACAAAUCUGCCGAACAUCAUCAUACCUGUCAUCACGUUUGCGGCGUUUGCGCUUUCUCAGAAAAGUAGCCUGAACGUUGCUCAGGCGUUUUCGUCAUUGUCGAUUCUCAGCUUGAUAACUUCCCCUAUCGCUACCAUGAUAUAUGCUAUACCACAAUUGUACUCAUCGCUGGGUUGUUUCCAGCGAAUCCAGGAAUACUUACAACAGGAACAUCGACGUGAUUUACGAAAAGUGGAGACAACGUCUGUUAAACAGCAUGUGGUUUCCGAUGCCAAUGACAAUAUGCUGGAAUUACAACCACUUCCAAAAGCGGCUCGUGAAUCAGAAAUGGGCGGUUCUGUUGACAAGCAAAUCUUGAGUAUUCGAGACGGCUCUUUUGGCUGGAAUAGAAAUCGUCAGAGCACAAUUCAAGGAAUUAAUAUACAUCUCUAUGGCCCGUCGUUGACUAUGGUUGUCGGUCCGGUGGGUUGCGGCAAGUCCACAUUUCUUAAAGGGCUUCUUGGUGAAACCUCUAGCUUUGAGGGCUCGGUGCAGCUGUCGACUCGAGAAUUCUCCUUUUGUGAUCAAGUUCCUUGGAUCAAGAACGGGACCAUUCGAGAAAAUAUCAUCGGUCAUCUGGAAUUUGACGAAGUUUGGUACAAUUCAAUUAUCUAUGCUUGCGCAUUGGACACAGACUUUCAGCAGCUGCCAGAUGGUGAUAUGACUACCGUCGGAAGCAAAGGUAUGAAGCUUAGCGGAGGUCAAAGGCAACGCGUCUCUAUGGCGAGAGCCUGCUAUGCUAGAAAACAGCUCGCGAUCUUCGACGAUGUUUUAAGUGGACUUGACGCUUUGACAGAGGAAAAGGUGUGCACGCGUUUACUCAGUCGAGAUGGCCUACUCCGCAAAUUGGGUACUUCGAUCAUUUUGGCAACGCACUCAGUGAACCGCCUGCCACUGGCAGACCACAUCAUAGUUUUCGAUUCAAAUGGUUACAUCAGCGAGCAAGGGACGUUUGAGAAAUUACGAUCAAGCGAGAAUCGCCUGCUUACACGAUUAAGCAACACCAAAGAUGAAAGUUCAACGGUAGCUCCGGCAAGUGCCAUGUCGCAGACAGCUUUGGAAAUUACACCGGUCAAUAGUGACACCCGACGCCAAGAGGGUGAUUGGAGCGUCUAUUCGUUUUACGGAACAUCUAUGGGCUGGUUGAGACUAGCACUGUAUGGGACUUUCAUCCUCUGCUCUGGUACAUUUGGUGGUCUACAAACAAUAUGGCUUAGUAAGUGGUCUCAGUCGAAUGACGCAACUUCGAGGUUGGACUAUUGGCUAUCAAUUUAUGGACUUUUUGCGCUGUGCAAUGCGCUAGCGCUCAUUUUUGCCUGCUUUUACUUCAUGGUUGCUAUUGUCCCUCGAUCUUCACUUCGACUUCACGAGUUGCUCCUGAAAGUCUCAAUGGGUGCUCCAAUUUCGUAUUUAACACAAACCGACAUCGGUGUAAUCAUCAACCAAGCUUAUCAACACUAUUUGGAGCGUAAUCCUCACUUCGAUUGCAGUCUGGUACAUGAUAAUACCCCUAUCGUUUCUCUUCGGGCUGGUAUAUGGGAUUCAAAAGUUCUACUUGAGGACCUCGCGACAACUGAGAUUACUGGACCCGCUAGUAUUGAGACAAAGGCUCCGCUGUAUUCUCACUUUAUCGAGUCCUUGUCUGGAUUGGCGACUAUACGAGCAUUCGGCUGGUCUGAUGCUGCGCUUGACAAAAACACGCAGCUUCUUGACACAUCUCAAAAGCCAUUCUACCUUCUUUUAUGUGUUCAAAGAUGGCUUACGCUUGUCCUAGACAUGAUCGUCGCCGUAGUCGCGGUCUUGCUAAUGUCCCUUGCGGUAAUACUACGUUCCCGAGUGAAUCCUGGAUUUUUGGGUGUUGCAAUGGUGAACAUCAUGAAUCUAAACAAUACCUUGACCAGCUUAAUCGAGUUCUGGACACUUCUGGAAACAUCCCUUGGCGCUGUUAGCAGAGUCAAAGAAUUCACGGAGAACACGGACUCUGAAAAUUUACCUGGAGAGGAUCGCACCCCGCCGCCUGAAUGGCCACAGAGAGGCGACUUGGAAAUCCACGGGGUGUCUGCAGCAUACAGCUCAAACACCACUUCCGUCCUGUCCAAUGUCACUCUGUCAAUUGCGCAUGGCCAGAGAAUUGCAGUUUGUGGAAGAACUGGAAGCGGCAAAAGCUCUCUGCUACUUGCUCUUCUGAGAAUGAUUGAUCUCACCGAGGGAACAAUUGUGAUUGAUGGCAUUGAUACCUCCACGGUGCCCCGAGACCUCAUUCGAUCCAAAUUUGUGACCGUGUCGCAGGAUGUCUUGUCUCUUCCAGGAACAGUGCGCAUAAAUGCAGAUCCGUUCGGCCAGGCUUCCGACGAGCAGAUUAUUGCUGCACUUGAACAGGUAGAGCUAUGGAAGGCGAUUAGCACCAAGGGUGGCCUAGAUGCCGUCAUGGACAGCGGAUUAUUCUCACAUGGACAACUACAGCUUUUCAGCUUCGCGAGAGCAAUGUUGCAGGAUGGAUCAAUUUUAUUACUUGACGAGCCAACUAGCAGCGUUGACGCGAAUACUGACGAGCUGAUUCAGCGACUCAUUCGUGAACGCUUCGGUGGCUAUACAGUUAUCAUGAUAGCGCAUAGGCUUCGAAGUGUGCUUGACUUUGACAAAAUUCUUGUCCUAGACGGAGGUAACCUUGCCGAAUUCGACUCUCCCGCCGCACUUCUUGCUAAGUCCUCGAUAUUUCGCUCGCUGUAUGAGGCUUCCUAG